UUUUCUCCUCUCAAGUGUGAACAUUUCCUGUUUCCUUUUGAUAUGUCACAGUCGGCAUGGGUAGCGUGUCACCGAGACUUGACAUGACUUGAACGCGUCGUUUUGUUGGCGAGCCAAGAUGUCGGGUCUCAACGUGAACUGGUUUUUGCUAUUGGGGCUGUCAGGCUGUCUUUCUAUUUUGGUCUCUGCUGGUUUGGUGGUCCCCACCACUGUAGAAAUGCAGACCACGUUGUAUCCCGCCCUUGAGGACUCUGCCAAAGUGAGCCCAGGUGUGGCAGGUGCUGGUGGAUUAUAUCAUGGUCGGACUAUCUCUGGAACUAAACCCACAGAACAUCUGCAGCCUUCUGGCUCUUCUCCUGACUUGGUUACUAAAAUUAAUUCUAGUCCAGUCCCAAUCCAAAACCCCAGUAGUCCUCCUGGUUUUGGAACUGGAAGGACAUCUUCUCCUGAGAGUUCAGAUCCUACCUCUGACUCAAGACGUCUGAUCUCCAGACCACCAGAGUCUCCUGAACCCUCAAAGUCCAGUAUGCAGUCUACUCUAGUCCCAGCCCGAAGUCAAAAGACACACAUAAAGACAUCUUCUACUAGUAUCUCUGAUCUUUACAGUCUGAUCUCAACACCACAGCCUCAGGAAUCUGAAGGAAGGUCUGGAGGAAAUUCUACUCCAAUCCCCAUCCAAAACCACAGCCGUCCACCAAGUUAUAGGACAACUUCUACUGGCACCUUUACAUCUCUGGAUCUUUCUGACUCAAGAAGACAUAUCUCCACACCAGAGCCUCCAGAACCACAGAGAUCCAGCUCUUUCCCCGAUUCUUCUGCAGUCCCGAUCCAAAGCCAAAGCAGUCCUACGGGUUUUGAGACAACGGGAAGGACUGUCGCCGAGCUCACAUCUCAAGAUCUUUCUACUACGAGAGGCCUGAUCUCAGUCUCAGCAGCUUCCACCACGAGAAAGUCCUUAAACCUGGCAACCACUCAGAUUCUGGCAGCGACACCGCCCCCUUGUACCACCUCAAAGGCGCCACCUAUCGCGGAGGACCAGUCGUGCUCCCCCCGCGGCGUGGUCAAACCCUGCCUGAUCACCAUCGCCUGCCUGGCCACGCUAGCCACCGUCUUCAUGGUGUCCACCAUUGUGCUCUGUGCCAAACUCUCCACCAGGAAGUACAAGCUUAGGAAGGCCCAGGACGAGAAGGAGAUGAUGUUCAUGUCGCAUGUGCUUCUGCCCGAGAGGAACUACGCCGGCAUAAGACAGCGCAGUCCGGUCUCCAACGGAGUCCUGGUGAUCCACGGCGCCGGGGACAGCGAGGAGGACAUCAGCGACAACCUCACCCUGAGCAGUUUCCUUCCGGAAAGCGACCGCUUUGUUUAGGAAGGUCUUGUUUUUUCUGACUGGUGAAUCUUUUAAGUCCAGCAGCCUGACUGUAGUGUGGUUGGAAGGAGGAUUUCACGUUCGGCACCCGCGGAUUCACCUAUUCGCACAUUUUUUUUUCUCCACAUUUUGAAAAAAUAUUUCAACUUCUUUUCAUUUUUUCCUACAUUUUUCUGUUUUUUUUUGGUUUUUUUGUGGGGGGGGCAGAACCAAUCCCAAAAACGCUUAUUGAUGGGAUCUUAAAAAAAAAAUUUUUUGCUAGUCGCAGUCGAGGUCAGUCCCUAUCCCCCGCGAAUAGCAUCAAAUAUGAUGUAAUUAUGCUACAGUAGAAGUCUGUCCAUCUAAAUAAUUCCCCUCAUUUAAUUAAUACGCGACGUACCAUCAUAUUUCGAUGACUUAUGCCGCCUCGUUUAUUUGUUCUGGGCAGCUCAGUGAACGAGUGAUGAGCACGUCUGCCUCACGGUUCUCAGGUUCAUUGCUCGAAUUUUGCAUCUUUGCGGUAGUAAUUGGUGAUAAGGAAGUAUGCUGACGUGAUAUAGCUCCACUGAGAGACAAAGAUCUAAAUUGAGCCUGGUUUGUUACCGGAAGUUAUGGAGAGUUUUUCCUGUACGUUUUAUGUUUUUUGCUCAAUGGCUAAAAGCUAUUUAAGAAAUUACAUGGACAAAAGUACUCACGGCCUUUGUUGAAUACUUGCCCCAUCUUUGGGUAGUUUCGCCCAUUCCUCAUAUACAUGUAAUUUCUUAAUUUAUCAUAUUUAAUAAAUUGCACCAAAAAAAAAAACUAAGAAAUUAAUGUUGUCUUUAUGGGGUGUUGUGCAUUGAAUUUUGAGGUAACACAUUUUGGAAUAAGGCUGGAACAAAAGAACGUUAAAAAAAAAAAAAUGAACGCAUUCUGGAACUAUUUGCGGCACUUCACUGUCAGAUUUUUAGAAUUUUGAGGAAAAGUUUGUUUUAGGGCUAAACAUUGAGUACUAAAGUGUGCACCAAGUUGACCCAAAAUUGAACCUGACUGACUUUUAAGUUCAACGCAGCAAGACGAACCGCAGUCACGCAAAAAAUUCUUCAUAUUUCGGUUUAGUUCUGUAACUUGGCCAGGGUGGACUUACCAUUAGGCAAACGCGGGCAAUUGGGAUUUCCAUGAAUUAUUAUUGCCUUAUAAUUCACGCGCUUUAAAACACGUCCAAUGCUUGGUCUACUGUAUCGUGCUCGUUUCGAGUGCUCCCCCUCCCUUCUCAUGCAAUGGACUAUUCCGUCUUCUUAUUAAGUUGUGACUCGACAGCUCGAGUCUUCCGGAGCUGAGCCCUGCUGCUACUUCACUUAGCAGCUGACGGGAAAUCUUGAUUUGCGGAGCGAUAUUAGCCUAUUUGCUCAAAUAGCGGACCUCGACUCCAUCGCAAACCAAAAAAAGCAGAACCGGUCGAGGCGCGUCAACACUUCCUUUGACGAUUUGCCGCCUUAAUGCAUCCGCUGCGCCGAAUUAAUUAUCUUAAUUUAUGUGGACAUGGCCAUUUGACAUGAUGUGCUCGUUCCACAACGUUGUGUGUGUCCAUGUUUACCUUCCGGGAAUCCAAAUGUAAUUAUUCUAAACAAGUCAUUGAAAUGAUACUCUACUUUCACUCGACAUUUUCUAUUCAAUUAAAACCAAAACAAUUAA